AUGGCUCAGGUUCAGGUUCCGCCUCAAAAUGUGAUACCGGGAGCUAGCGGUGCUCCUGCAACUGGCGGGGCAAACCAGUUCGUGACGACGUCGCUCUAUGUUGGAGAUCUUGAUGUGAAUGUCACAGAAUCGCAGCUCUACGAUCUGUUUAGCCAAGCUGGUCAGGUUGUCUCCGUUAGAGUCUGUAGGGAUUUGACCAGCCGGCGAUCACUUGGUUACGGUUAUGUCAAUUUUAACGCGGCGCCAGAAGCUGCUAGAGCAAUGGAUUUGCUGAACUUCGCUCCUCUUAAUAACAAGCCUAUCCGUAUUAUGUAUUCACAUCGUGAUCCUAGUAUCCGAAGAAGUGGGGCUGGAAAUAUAUUUAUUAAGAAUCUUGAUAAGGCAAUUGACCACAAAGCUUUGCAUGAUACCUUCUCUGCAUUUGGGAAUAUCCUUUCUUGCAAAGUAGCUACAGAUUCUUCUGGCCAGUCAAAGGGAUAUGGCUUUGUGCAAUUUGAUAAUGAGGAAUCUGCUCAAAAGGCCAUAGAGAAGCUGAAUGGUAUGCUGUUGAAUGAUAAACAGGUGUAUGUGGGACCCUUUCUUCGCAAGCAAGAGAGAGAAAGUGUCAUUGAUAAAACAAAAUUUAACAAUGUUUUUGUAAAGAAUUUAUCUGAGACAACCACUGAUGAAGAUUUAAAGAGAACUUUUGGUGAAUUUGGAACAAUUACAAGUGCUGUAGUUAUGAGAGACGCGGAUGGAAAAUCUAAGUGCUUUGGAUUUGUGAACUUUGAGAAUGCUGACGAUGCUGCUAGGGCUGUUGAUUCUCUUAAUGGGAAGAAAAUUGAUGACAAGGAAUGGUAUGUUGGAAAAGCUCAAAAGAAAUCUGAAAGGGAGCUUGAAUUGAAGCUUCGAUUUGAACAGACUAUGAAAGAAGCCGCUGAUAAAUAUCAAGGGGCUAACUUGUAUGUGAAAAAUUUAGAUGAUAGCAUUGGUGAUGAUAAACUUAGGGAGCUCUUCUCUCCAUUUGGUAACAUUACCUCAUGCAAGGUUAUGAGAGACCCCAAUGGGAUAAGCCGAGGAUCAGGGUUUGUUGCAUUUACGACUCCUGAAGAGGCUGCAAGAGCUCUUUCUGAUAUGAAUGGAAAAAUGGUAGUAAGCAAGCCUCUAUAUGUUGCUUUAGCUCAACGCAAAGAAGAUAGAAGAGCUAGACUGCAGGCUCAAUUUGCUCAAAUGCGGCCUGUUGCAAUGGCACCUUCUGUAGCUCCCCGUGUGCCUAUGUACCCUCCUGGUGGUCCAGGUAUUGGACAACAAAUAUUUUAUGGUCAAGGCCCUCCUGCUAUCAUUCCUUCCCAGCCUGGAUUUGGGUAUCAACAACAACUUGUACCUGGAAUGAGGCCUGGAGGAGGUCCUAUGCCAAAUUUCUUCAUGCCAAUGGUUCAGCAAGGGCAGCAGGGCCAGCGUCCAGGUGGAAGACGUGCAGGGGCUGUCCAGCAGAACCAGCAGCCUGUCCCACUAAUACAGCAGCAGAUGCUUCCAAGGGGGCGCAUGUACCGAUACCCGCCUGGUAGGGGGCUGCCUGAUGCUCCCAUGCCGGGGGUUGCUGGAGGCAUGUUUUCUGUCCCAUACGACGUUGGUGGAAUGCCAAUUCGUGAUGCAGCCCUGCCCCAGCAAAUUCCUAUAGGGGCUCUUGCUUCUGCCCUGGCAAAUGCUUCUCCAGAGCAGCAGAGGACGAUGCUGGGUGAGAACCUUUACCCUCUUGUGGAACAAUUGGAGCCUGAUAAUGCGGCGAAAGUGACAGGCAUGCUUCUGGAGAUGGAUCAGCCUGAGGUUCUACACUUACUCGAAUCACCCGAGGCUCUGAAAUCAAAGGUGGCUGAAGCAAUGGAUGUUCUGAGGAAUGUUGCUCAGCAGCAGCAAGCUGGUGGAGCCGCUGAUCAACUGGCCUCAUUAGCUCUUAAUGACAGUCUAGUUUCUUGAGAGUUUCAUGUUUUGGAUUAAACUCAGCAACGGUUGCAUUGUUAUUGUAGGCCUGGCGUUGACUCAGUUUUCAGGUUGAGUUUGUUUCAUCGUAGUAGGUACCACUUGCUUUCGUUUUGGAGGAUCACGUUCUCAGUUAUGCUUUUGUAAUUUGAUGCCUUAUGAUUGCAGUCCGUUUGGCAUAUCAAGCCAAUAUCUCGAGAGUUUAAGCUUUGUAAAUAUGAAUGAAGCAGUCAUCAAAACAGGGGUAAUGCACUCGUUCGGAAA